GAAGCGUGUCGGCUUUGAAGCGGCUGAUCACUGCGAGCAGCUGGAGAGCGCCGCUUCCCUUCACCCAUCACACAUCUUCUCCCCUCUCCCUUUCAUCUCGCCCAGAAUGGAUUGCUAGUCAAAGUGCAAUGGAUGAAGAAUGAUGGAAGUGAUCUACUCCAUCCUCCUGGUCCUGUCGGCUCUCCACUCCCGUCUGAUUGUGCGAGCGGACAAGAAAUUCGGCUGCUUUUUUGAAGCUGAUGUGUGCAACCCCUAUGAGAUUUGUGUAAAUGAUGGAAUAUUUGGGAGGUGUCAGCUGGUCACGGCGAUAGACGUAUUCAAAUACGAAGUUUCACCAAACGAUCUUCAGCGCCUCCGUGAUAUCCUACAGGAACUGUCCCUCAAAGGUCUAAUGUGGCAUGAUGAAGCUACACAGCAGGUAAUUGCUAAAGAACUUUCCAAUCUCCACCUGACCCGUCACCUGCAUCCUGAAACUGGUUCUUCAGACAGCUUGAGGGCUACAAAGCAAAAAAUGGCAAGUGAGGAAAAUUAUGAAGGGGCAGAAGACGGUGACCUGCAAAGAUUCAAGUCCCUCCAUCAAUAUCUUCAGUUUCUCAGCGCUUUAUCCCAACCAGAUAAUCCCAUGCCAUCUCAUAAGACCAGAACUGACAAGCAGAGCGAGGCCAUUCAGUCCUCCUCCUCCUCCUCGGAAGAGCUCCCACCCAGAGUCCAAGGGCGAGUACCAUCAGACCAUUUCCCUGCGUCCCAUCAUCCGUACACUGGCAAGAAGCACCAGCAGCCUCAGCUCUUCAGUCCAGUGCAGCAGCAGGACCCUCCUGGGAGUGAAGCUCUUGACAAGGCACAGCUGGCAGCGCUGCUGGAGGAUUACAUGGCGCGGAAGCUGGCAGUGCAGUCAGCUGAGAGGGGAGUCCGUUUGUCAGUCAAACCAGACGUCCAGAGUCAGGAAGCUUUGGCCGCACCAAGGAAGGAACAGGAGGAAGGGCCAAACACGGCCAGGGGCAGGCUGCCGGAUUGGGAAAUGGAUGACCAGCACCGAGGAAUGAAGGAGGAGAGGAUGCCACGUAAACCCAGUAGGAUCAGUGGAAAAGACCCACUGAGUUACCUGGAUGAGAAUUUCAUUCGGUCUGUGGUCCAGCAGCUGGGGACACAGCAUGUGGAUCUGGACGGCCUGACUUCCAACCAGCUGGAUGCAUUGUCCAGUGUCAUAGCCGAUGCUCUCCAGGUUGUGGACAAUGACAGGACAAAAGAAGGGGACAAAAGCAGCCAAGAAGCCCAGCAGAAGGAAGAAGAGGGAACCAUCAACAGGGAUGAGAUCGUGCAGGGAAAACAAGCGGAUGACUUAAAUGAAAGGAUCUCUAUACAGAGGAAAAUUCCCCACACAGAGGAGAUGAGCAGUGAAGAGAAGCAAAUUCUUACUGAAGUUCUGGGUCUUGACGCCUUGUACAUCAACUCUCACAAAAACCAGGUCAAAAGGUUUGGCUUCUCGUCCAGUGGAACAGUUGGUAUAGAAAAUGUGAAAAGCAACACUAUCACCAGAGAGGUGUCCACUGCCAGGAAGUCCAAAAGUGGCAUCUUUGGCUUAGAAGAUGGGUCAGAUUUUGACAAUCAGGAAAUUGAUGGGAAUUUUCUGUACAAAGAAACUCAGAAGAAAAAUUCUCAGCUUGGAGACUUGAGCCUGGAUGUAGAAUCAUCAAAAAACGAUCUUUGUGGAUAUAUCGUGACAGAACAAAACCCCCUGAGUGUAGAGAAAGGCGUGGAAUUGAUGGAAGAUUUGGCACAUCUUCUGAAGUUGCAGAUGAACGUCUUCAGCGAUGUCAAUAUGGUUGGACCAGCCGUGACCUUCCAAGUUGAUGUCAAUGGUCAAAACCUGUCAACUGCUGAUGUAGUGGACAUUGCAGUGGCCAACAAAGGAAAACUGGAAAAGGAAACAGGAUUAAAAAUCUUACAAACUGGCAUGGGUGAGAAGAGCAAACUGCGUGCAUCCCCCCACUGGGCCAAUGAAGAGGACUCGACCAAAUUUAUUAUCUUAACAAUAAUCUCCAUCGUCUGCAUCAUUGGGGUUCUUGUUGCAUCAGGGAUCAUCUACUGCCUUAGGCAUCGCUCUCACCACAAACUGAAGGAGAAGCUGAGCGCACUGGGACAUGAUGCCACAGUCAGUUCAGAUGCCACAAACGCCUACCAGGAGCUUUGCCGCCAACGGAUGGCGAUCAAGACAUCAGAGCGCCCGGAGACUGCCCAUGCUUCUCGCAUCAAUAGUGUCUCCUCUCAGUUCAGCGAUGGUCCACAGCCGAGCCCUUCCACUCGGAGCAGCACUUCCUCCUGGUGCGAGGAGCCAGUCCAGUCCAACAUGGACAUCUCCACGGGACACAUGAUACUGUCUUACAUGGAGGAUCACUUAAGAAACAAAAACCGUCUGGUGAAAGAAUGGGAAGCUCUGAGCGCCUACCAGGCGGAGCCGAACAACAGCAGCAUCGCAGACAGAGAGGAGAACGAAAAGAAGAACAGAACUCAACUGGUGGUGCCAUAUGAUCACUCCAGAAUAACACUCAAAGCUGAAUUGAGUCACUCAAACUCGGACUACAUCAACGCAAGCCCAAUAAUGGACCAUGACCCCAGGAACCCCGCAUAUAUUGCUUCUCAAGGGCCACUUCCUGCCACGGUGGCAGACUUCUGGCAGAUGGUUUGGGAGCACGGCUGUGUGGUUAUCGUCAUGCUGACGCCCUUGACAGAAAAUGGAGUCCAGCAGUGUCACCAUUAUUGGCCAGAUGAGGGUUCAAACCUCUACCACAUCUAUGAGGUUAACCUCGUCUCGGAGCACAUCUGGUGUGAAGACUUCCUGGUACGCAGCUUUUACCUCAAGAACCUCCAGACCAACGAGACCCGCACAGUGACGCAGUUCCACUUCCUGAGCUGGUUUGACCAGGCCGUCCCCUCGUCCACUCGGUCCCUCCUGGACUUCCGCAGAAAAGUGAACAAGUGCUACAGGGGACGCUCAUGUCCGAUAAUUGUUCACUGCAGUGAUGGGGCUGGAAGAACUGGGACCUACAUUCUGAUUGACAUGGUUCUGAAUAGGAUGGGCAAAGGUGCUAAGGAGAUUGAUAUAGCUGCUACACUGGAACAUCUGAGAGACCAGAGACCAAUGAUGGUUCAGACAAAGGAGCAGUUUGAGUUUGCACUGACAGCUGUGGCUGAGGAAGUGAAUGCAAUCCUGAAGGCACUUCUGCAGUGAGAGACCACCAGAGAUUCCACCUGGUUCCAACACCUUAAUCCUGCCGGUCUACAUGAAUGUUGUAGAAACGUGCUCUGAUCUUAGCUGUAUAACUUUUACUUUAACAGCUUUAGAAAGUGUGUCCCUUCAACAUCUGUAUUUGAUGCAAUUCUUAGCUCAAAAAAUAAACUCUGAACGGCUUCAAAGUAGGAAGAAUUAAAGGUUAGAUUAUAAGUGUUUGUAUAUAUGCUUUUCUGGGACUGGACAGAACUGGAUACAAAACCCUCAAAGAAGAUAUUCUAGAACCACACAGUUUUUAAUCAAUUGCAAAGUCAAAGUGUUUUCCAAAAGCAGUCUUUUAACUUUUAUUAAUUUCAGUAUUAGACCAAAGUAUGGUAAGGCUUCUCAGUAUUAAUUCCACAGUAUAUGAAUUCAGUUAAUGAAUCCGAUUGGUAUUUCAUAAUGGUCAUGUGAUUCUACUGAAAGGCAAUCUCACCAUUUGUGCCACAAUGUCUGACCCUACACUGUAGGAAUGCAACUUUCACCUGUGUCCCUGUCUAGUAUAAGUGCACUGCUGGAUACAUAUUUACGGUGAUCUAUCGUGGGAUUUGACGCCAGACCACUGGAAAUUAUUUCAAGGCAGCUCCAGCACAAAAAAGAUCUUCUGAAGAUGUUUUGAAAGGAUACCAUUUAGCAGAAAGUUGCUCAUAUAGUUGGAUAAUUUAGGGAGAUAUCCUGCAAUUGGUUGUACUUAGAUUUUCCCCUUUCCUUGGAGACGCACCCUGCCAAACAACCUCCAGCAUGAAUCUGACCACUGGACCACCUCCUGGUCUUCAGUCUUAGCACCUUUCAAGAUACUCCAUGCCUGGGAUUAUUGAUUAACUUUGCAGUUAAUCAAUUUGGAUCCUUUAUGGUAGAAUCUUUCUGUUGCUCUUGAACUUUUCCCUGUCUUAUUUAUGCAGACAAAUCACAGUCACUGUCGGUCACUUAAGUAAAUAAUAUUAAUUCAAAUAUGAUUUUGGAUCUAUAAUUAGCCAAAGACAAAAAGUUAAAGGUGCCAUGGUUUUGAGUGUGUUGCACUCUUUCACUCUUUGCCUGUGCUGUGUUUGAUCCCUCUGUUCUCAGAAAAAUCAUGUUCAAAAUCCUGCCUAGGAGUUAUUAAUUGGCAGAACAUAAUAGCUGAUUUCAGUUUAGGAUUAUAAAUAAGGCUAGGAUCUGUGCACUGCAUGAGUCUGGUGAUUCAUCCCCUUAUCCAACACCAAACAGAGCUUCAGUAUUUUAUCUCUUUUGCUUCUUUAUCAACUGCAGAAUGGAGAGGACAACAUAAUAAUGAUACUUUUGGAACUCAGAAUAAAUCCCUGACAUUUCACAAACAAAUGAACACAGUCAGUGGAGUGAGGACGGCGAUUAAGUCUGUGGGAAAACUUAGGUUUCUUUCAAUCUGGCCUUAGUAGACACAGUGAAGAAGUGAGUGUGCUUGUCUGAGCUUAAUGUCAAAGGAACCCCAGGAUCCCUGUAGUCAUUGCUCAACUAAACUGCUUCUUUGGUUACAAUAAGUAAGAUAUAUCUCUCUCAUGUGGAUCUCAUCUUUAUUAGUAAAAACAUUCAUUACAGCACUGUUCCCGAUACAGGCUGUGAGUGUAAAUCCAAUGUAGACUCAUGGGGUGAAAGUCCUUUGCUUCUCAUGAAUGCAAGCAUCUUAAAGCCAACGUCACCUUAUCCUGAUGGUUAGAAGUAGUCCAUUGCAAAGAAGUGAUCAUGUUAGUAAAAGUACUUGGAGCAACUUAGCAGUCAAAGAGAUCCAGUGUAUUAAAAUGAAUGUGCAGGCUAUGGAAUCUGUUGAGUUUUGGAGAGCCUCCACGUAUACAUCCUAGGUGUUGUAGUGUGAAUACGUGCAUGCACAUCCAUAGCAUCAUGACAUAUAAUUUUUUAAAGAAGGUCUGGGACUCAUGUUUACUCUCCCUGCCACUCCCCAAACUUUGCACACAUGUUGAAUAUCCCACUGGUGAAGUAUUGAAAAUAUAGUUCUGAGGUUGGAGUCUAGCCAUACUGGUUGAGAUUGAACAGAGUGAGCACUCUCUUUGCAUCUGAUUUAUGUCAGUCCUGCAGUGGGAACACCUGAUUACCAGCUGUUGUUGAACUCUGGACUAAGCCUAUUUAUUGUUGAGGCACCAUGACGGGCCUUUAUUUUUCUGCAGUGUACAGGGACAGCUGGCACAUAGUGCCUAAGCAAACAAAAAAACAUUCAACCCAAAUACAGACAAGCUUAAGUCCCAGGUUCUGUCCCGUCCCACUCAAGAUGACACAACCUCAACCCAGUCAUCUGAGGGGUUUUCCACUUCAGAUUGAGUUUCAAUGUGGACAUGUGGUUAAAAAUCCUAAGUGUUUGAUUUUAUUCAAUUCCGACAACUACUACAGUCUGUUGCAAAUUUGAUGUUGACACAGAAUAUAUAGUCUUUGUCUGUAAAUAGUCCUAGUUAUAUAAAACAGAUUGCAUAUACGCCACUUACAAAUCUAUUUUAAUUGUUUUAGCUUCAUGAAAACAGCAUUCCUUUCAGACUUGCUUGUGGAUUCUUUUUGUGUUAAAUAGCCUAAUGCUUGCUUCUUAUUGAUCUUUCCUUUUAUCCAAUAAAUGAUCUGCUUUAUUUCAUAAAUUAGAACCAAUUUUAUUUGUUUGGUAGUGACAGAAUUUGUGAUGAGAAUUAGUUAUCGACAAUUAACCAGCAAUGUAGCUUGGUCCUGUCAGUACUCUUCAGUUCCAUAUACUUUUGUUGACAAGCUUAAAAAAUUGACUUGUUAUUUUUCCAAAGUUAGUAAUGCAUCAUGACCAGACAUUCCUGAGCAUUUCAAUACAAUUUUGAUUUGGAAUGGAAGAAUUCGACAUAUAGAGUCAUACAGCACAAAAACAGGCCCUUCGGCCCAACUGGUCCAUGCCAACCAAGAUACUCAUCGAAACUAGUCUCAUUUGCAUAUUCUUCAUUCACACUGGGAAAAAAAGUAGUAGUAAUUCUUUUUUGCUGGUGACUUAGGAUAUCUUUAUCAGAUCGUCCACCAAUGAUACAUAAUGCCAAACUCAGUUCCAGUGGGACCAAAUAUUAGAUUGCGGUGGGGUAGCUGUUCUGAUACUGUCUGUUUCAUAUCAUCACCCUAAAAUAAUGUUGACCACAAAAUAUUUUAAUGCAAAAUGCCCAACUGAACCAAACAAUAAUGUUAAAUCUUUGGGUUCUUUUUCUUUUUACAACUAAUUCAAUUAUUUCCUGAAUAUUUUCAAGUAAAAUCUGCAAAAGCUUUAAAAGUAAACAUAAAUGUAUCUUCAAUUUUGCACAAUUUAGAACAUCAGACUGGAUUUUCAUCAUUUUUUAGCUUCCUGGAGGGACAGUUUGAGAGUUUGCGGUGUUUCAACACUAUAAUGUACUUGGCCUGUUCAGGGAAACCGCUGUCUCCCCAGAACAACUGUUGUGACCUGUGUGAUAUCUGGAUCUACACAGUAAACCUGGGUCAUUCUGAAACUGUCUCUUUGCUUACUUCGUAUUAAUUUAUAGUUAUUUAUCUGUACAUAUAACAAUAAAAUAUACAAAAUAUUUUGUUCUAUCUCUUUAAAA